GCUGUCGUCUUCAAACCACCAUGAAGACCGAAUCAGACCCGCCGGCGACGACUCAACCGACCACCGUGUCCACGCCAACCACCACUACCACUGGUACCACGGCAACGCCAGCGGCGACGGUCGCGGCGACAACGGCGCCAUAUGCCAGUCAAUGGAGCACAGCGCACAUCCCCAUCGACCCAGCACUCCAACAGCAGUCCCAAGUCGCCACUGCGACGACGACCGCGUACUCGCAUUACCAGUAUUCCCAACACUAUCCUCAAGCUGCGUAUACACACUACCAAUAUGCACCCGCACCAAUCACCGCACAACCACAGAGACAGCAGACAACGACGGCCGCGCAGACUGCCAAUAGCGGUAUCGAUACAGCAGACGUUGCGACGCUGAACGAUGCAUUGGGAAGCGCAGGCGUAGAUUUGCGAGCCGAAGAGGAGAGUCUACACAGGACCUAUGACACGCACCAGCCCUACCGUCUCUUCGAAGACCGUUCUCGAAAACAACCCGUCACUCCCUCAUUCGACGCCCGUUUCUUGGGCGCGACGAUGCGCACCAUCGGGACGCAGCAUAAGGUGACAAAGGUCCCAGAAGAUUCGGUGACGUAUCUGGCGUUGGCGCUCCGUGCGCGGUUGCAGGACCUUGUGACUAGUAUGAUCGGUGCAGCGCGUCAUCGGACAGAUGCAAGACAUGAUAAACCUGUACCUCUUUACGAAGAUGGGACGCCCAUGUGGACCGUCGUCGUGCGGAACGACUAUGCGAAGCAACUCGCAGCUCUCGAAAAAGCCGAGAGAGAAGAAGAAAUGAAGAUUCGGAGAGAAAGAAAGGAAAGGGCAGAACUUGCAGCCGCUCACGCUGCCAAUCUGGCCGCACAAGCAUCAGGGAGUGGCACCGCCAUGGCAGUCGACGAAGAGGAUGGAGCAGGAACGAAAAAGAAGAAGAAAAAGGAGGGUCCAGGUGUGACGGCGAGAAACAUGUCGGAGGACGUGCGCAAGAAGAUGUCGAACGCGGUGGCGAGUCAGGCAGCGGGGAUUGGGGGUAAAUAUUCUUGGAUGACAGCAGCCAAUGCACCGACCGUCACGCCAAAACCUAAGCCUGUUACUACAUCCGCGACGACGACGACGCCGGCAACCACUACGACACCUGCCACAACCACGACGCCUGCAGCGUCGGCAAAUACCUCAUGGGCGAGACCCUACGUGUCGGCAACCAAAGCUGCUGCCACUGCUGCUCAAGGGGCAGAGACAGACAACCGCCUACUCGUCACGUUGCGCGACGCCUUGUUCGCCAUCGAAAGAGAACGGGGUCACGGUGGUGGACGUGGAGCAGCUCGAGCCUGGGUGUAAUCCAUUUCUUGCAUAACGUUCUGUGCAUACGAUGUCGAUCUCACACGCUCCAAUUAUUUUUUGGUGCCAUGCACGAAUGGAAAGCUAAAA